ACUAGUGACGACCCCUUUAUCUUUCCAUUUUGGUUUCUCCCUCCAUUCGCUUGUGUGAAAUUCACACGCACUCGCCUCUGUCACUGCGCAUUCUAAUUUUUAUUUUGGCACAUAUCCUGUUAUAGAUGAAUUGCAAUUAUAUAAAUUCAGACCAAAUCUUGGCUGUAUAUCAAUAUUUAUGAGUAAAGAUUUGUUUGAAGGUAAGAGAGAGAGAGAAAGGGGAGAGAGCAUAAUAAAAGGGGUGUGAGAUUCCAAGGGGAAAGCUUAGUCUUUAGGGUUUUGCUGGAGCUGCAAGAAGCGGGUCCAUUUCUAUUAUACAUAUAAAGGGGUUUGUCUUCUUCAGCAUCAAGGUAGGUGAAGCUUCAAUAUGUGUAUGUAUAAAGCUACUGGUGUCGUCAUAUUUUCGUAUUAUUGAACAACCAGUUCUUUAUUAGCUUUAGCCCACCUGCUGCCUGAAAUCAUAUUUGAGUUUUGUUUUGUUUUGUUUUUUAUUUUGAAUUUUUUGUUGCAUAAAAUUGGGAGCUGUACAAGUUGAGGUUUGUGGUGGUGGGGGAUGUGUGAUGUUCAGACACUGAGUGGGAUUUUUUUUGUGAGAAUGUUGAGGUGGUUUGUCCCAAAAUAGAAAUGCAAGGGCAAAGAUGGGUUUCUGGGCAGGUUGCUCACUCCCAUUUGAAAAAUUCUUGGAUUAACCGUCAAAUCAGUCAAAAAGAUGGAGUCUUGGCAAACCCCCCUCCGUUUGUUCUUGCACCACCUUCAUCUUAUGUUGAUAGCCACAAGGAAUCUGGGACAAGAAUCAGCCCUGCUGUUCUGUUCAUUAUAGUCAUCUUAGCUGUGCUCUUUUUCAUAUCUGGUCUGCUCCACUUGCUUGUGAGAUUCCUCACCAAGAACCCCUCCUCGUCUCAGUCCAGUCGGAAUGUCGAAUCCUCCACCUCUGAUGCCCUUCAGAGGCAGCUGCAGCAGCUCUUCCAUUUGCAUGACUCUGGCUUGGAUCAGGCUUUUAUAGACGCGUUGCCUGUGUUUUCGUACAAGGAGGUUGUGGGUCCGAAGGAGCCGUUUGAUUGUGCAGUUUGCUUGUGUGAGUUUGCAGAGACUGAUCAGCUGAGGUUGCUUCCUAUGUGUAGCCAUGCCUUUCAUUUGAGCUGUAUUGACACCUGGCUUUUGUCGAAUUCCUCUUGCCCUCUUUGUAGGGGGACACUUUUCAACCCUGGGUUCUCGAUAGAGAAUCCAAUGUUUGAUUAUGAUGACUUCAGGGAGGAGGAUGGCUGCCCUGGCUAUGGUGAUAAUGGAUUCUCUCUUACUCAGAAGAGGGUGGAGAUCGAGGAGGUUGCUACGGAGAAGGGCGUCUUUCCUGUUAGGCUUGGGAAGUUUCGAAAAUUGGAUGAAACCGAAGUGGGAGAAAGCAUAGGAGAGUCUAGCAGCAGUAGAUUGGAUGCUAGAAGGUGUUACUCACUGGGUUCCUAUCAGUAUGUAGUUGGUGAUGCUAGCCUUAAGGUGGCCUUGAGCCAAGAACGAGCAAAGCUUGUCAGAGGGGCCGGGCAGGCCACUAAUGCUCCGGCCGAUGAAAACACGGAUGGCAAGAAGAUAAGUAUUGGAACAAAGACUGAUAGCUACUCUGUUUCCAAGAUUUGGUUGUGGUCGAAGAAGGGGAAGUUUGCAAGCUCCUCGGGAGCCCACUUGGAGAGUUCGUCGCCACCAAACCUCGACUUAUCCUGGAUGCAUAGAGGCGAAGGCGUGUGAAAGGUCUUUUUUAUUUUUUGAUUCAUCAUCCAUCAUCAGUGAAAUGGCAGUUGCUUGGCUUACUUUUGCUAUGACAAAAAUUAGUUGCAUGAUUGGAAAGAAUUUGGUAUAGCUAUAUAAUGAAUCAGAGUCUCCUAUCAGUUUUAGGUUAUCUUUUAUAUAUUUUGUGCUUUCAUAUAUAUGCCAUUUGGAUCUUGUUGUUACAAUCUGAUGCUGUUCAUAUUUUGUUUUUU